AUGGUUGUCUCUUGUAUUGACAUUAUUAGAAGAUUUGUUCAAAUAAUGAAUUCAAAUAUUGAGAAAACUCUCAAAAUUGCUAACAACAACAACGAUAAGUUACGCUCUGAAAUUGAUAUGGUCAUUCAAAUAUACGAAGAUAUUACCGAUGUCAUUCGACUUUUCCAGCAAAACUAUGGUCCGUUGAUUUUAAUCUUGCAAUGUUAUUGCAUGUUUGUUACCAUAAACCAGCUCUUCUAUCUUUACGGAUUUGGAUUAUCUUUUAAAAAUGGUUCGAUUCUUUUCAAGUUGAUGUUGAUUGUCUUCGCAAUGCUCCAUUCUUUACAACUUUUAUUGAUAGCAAAAGCUGCAAAAUAUUUACAACACGAAGGUAACAGAACCAAACAUUUGUGGUAUCGCUUCAACUUUUUGCCACAAAAUUUACCCGUUGCUAUCGAAAAGAGUGUUGAAGAGAUGAAACUACAUAUGGUCCUCAAUCCAAUAGCGAUAGAACUUUGUGGCAUGUUUACUUUAAAUUACUUCAUUCUUUAUGCGGUAAUUGCGACUGGUGCUGAGUAUCUGGUGAUGCUGAUUCAGUUUGACAUCGGAAGUUCUAAAUUCGCAAAAGGCUUGAAUUAA